GGCACCGAUGAAAUGCGCAGGCGUCAGGCUGAGGACGUCCCCGAGUGUCACGCAUGCGCAUAGUACACUGAAGGCCUUGAAAAUGUCGGAUGGAGGUUAAAAAUGACAAGGAAUUUGCCUACGGGAAUCUCGAACACAACACGCUAGUUUUGCUGUCUCUGUCCAGAUAUUUAAGAAGUGGAGCAAGAGAUUCACUCGAUCAUCCUUCCUGCUCAGACUGUGGGUAGGGAUUCACUCGAUCAUCUGACCAACUGGCAUGCCCAUUAGUUUACAUGGGGGGAGCCCAUUCAUCUGCUCAGACAGUGGGAAUGGAUUCACUCGGUCAUCUCAACUGAAGGUACAUCAGCAAGUUCACACUGGGCAAGGCCAUUCACCUGUUCUGUGAGUGAGAAGGGAUUCAGUUGGUCUUCCCACCUGCGGACACACCAGUCAGUUCACACUGGGCAGAGACUGGUCAUCUGAGGAAUUUGUGGAGAAGGAUUGACUCGGUCAUCUGUCCUAAUGGCUCACCAGCGAGUUCACACCGGGGAGAGGCCAUUCACCUGCUCGGACUGUGGGAAAGGAUUCACUUCCACAUAUAAGUUACUGAGACACCAGUCAGUUCACACCGGGGAGAGGCCAUUCACCUGCUCAGACUGUGGGAAGGGAUUCGCUCAGACAUCUCAACUGAAGGUACAUCAGCGAGUUCACACUGGGGAGAGGCCAUUCACCUGCUCAGACUGUGGGAAGGGAUUCGCUCAGUCAUCUCAACUGAAGGAACAUCAGCAAGUUCACACUGGGGAGAGGCCAUUCACCUGCUUGGACUGCGGGAUGGGAUUCAUUUCGUCAUAUAAGUUACUGAAACACCGGUCAGUUCACACCGGAGAGUGGCCGUUCACCUGCUCAGACUGCGGAAAGGGAUUCACUGAGUUACCUCAACUUCAGGUACAUCAGCGAGUUCACACCAGAGAGAGGCCAUUCACCUGCUCAAACUGUGGGAAGGGAUUCGCUCAGUCAUCUCAACUGAAGGUACAUCAGCGAGUUCACACUGGAGAGUGGCCAAUAACCUGCUCGGACUGUGGGAUAGGAUUCGCUUCGUCAUCCCAUCUGAAGAUACAUCAGCGAGUUCACACUGGUGAGAGGCCGUUCACCUGCUCAGACUGUGGGAAGGGAUUCACUUCAUCAUCCCAUCUGAAGAUACAUCAGCGAGUUCACACUGGGGAGAGGCCAUUCACCUGCUCAGACUGUGGGAAGGGAUUCAUUUCAUCAUCCCAUCUGAAGGUACAUCAGCGAGUUCACACUGGGGAGAGGCCGUUCACCUGCUCGGACUGUGGGAAAGGAUACUCUCAGUUAUCUCAACUGAAGGCACACCAGGGAGUUCACACCGGAGAGUGGCCAAUCACCUGCUCGGACUGCGGGAAGGGAUUUGCUUCGUUAUCCCAUCUGAAGAUACAUCAGCGAGUUCAUACCGGAAAGUGGCCAAUCACCUGCUCAGACUGUGGGAAGGGAUUCCCUUCGUUAUCCCAACUGAAGAUACAUCAGCGAGUUCACACUUGUGAGAGACCAUUCACCUGCUCAGACUGUGGGAAGGGAUUCACUCGAUCAUCCCAUCUGCAGAUACAUCUGCGACUUCACACUGGUGAGAGGCCGUUCACUUGCUCAGUCUGUGGGAAGGGUUUCACUUCGUCAUCCCAACUGAAGGUACAUCAGCAAGUUCACACUGGGGAGAGGCCGUUCACUUGCUCAGAGUGUGGGAAGGGAUUCACUCGGUCAUCCCAACUACUGGCACACCAGCAAGUUCACACUGGGGUGAGGCCUUUCACCUGCUCAGAAUGUGGGAAGGGAUUCACUAAGUCAUCCACCUUACUGGUACAUCGGCGAGUUCACACUGGGGAGAAGCCGUUCAGUUGCUCAGAAUGUGGGAAGGGAUUCACUCAGUCAUCCAUCCUAAAGGCACACCAGCGCCUUCACACUGGGUAGAGACCAAUAUGCUUGGACUUUGGGAAGAAAUUCUCUCAGCCAAAACAACCAGUGUGCAUCAUUGAGUUCACACUGGGGAGAGGCCGUUCACCUGCUGUGAAUGUAGGAAGCAAUUCACUCAGUCAUCUAAUGUUAUGUAGCUUCCAGUUGUGCUGGCAGCUUAACAGAGGGGGUUAUAGCCCCCAGUCUGGCCAAACUGAAGAAUCUCGUUUGGGUGGAUACUGAGCGAUGUGUCCCCUGUGUAAUCUGCCCUUGGGGUUCAUACUCUCUGUGGACUGUCUCUUUAAAGUGCAAAGAGAACCGAGACUGACCUUGGACACGCUGUUGGAUUUCUGCAGAAGUGCUGGGUUGCUAUGGUGACCAGCUAAUGUUUAUGUUCUGUGUGGUUAAGCAAGGUCAGAAUGAUCCUUUACCAACACAGAACAAGCAAGCGACUUCUUACAGAGAAGUCUAUUAUCCCCCCCCCCCCCCAUCUUGUGAACUAAAUUGAAUCUACCACAUCAUUGUAAGACAAUGUCGUUUACCACCUUGGUUUUGGAUUUUAUAUACAGGUGGCUCCCGUUUUUCGGACGUUCGCUUUACGACAGCUCACUGUUACGAAAGACCUACGUUAGUACCUGUUUUUGCUAACCAAAGAGGAUUUUCACUUUUAUGAUAAAGAUGAUGCCUGCUUUAUACGUGAGUUUACCCCGAGAAAGACUAGGGUGACCGUGAAGCCUUGUGCGGCAUUUGUCUACGCAUGCGUGCACGUGCCGAUUUUUUUUCUCUCCAAAUCGAUUUCAGUUCACUAUCUUCCCGAAUUUCAGUGAAUCUACACCGUACAUACAAUAUUUCUACUUUAUCAUUCCUACUUUUACUAUAGGUUAGUGUUAUUUUAGGUUUUAUGUGCUAUUUGGUAUGAUUUGGUGGGUUUUCUUUGGGUCUGGGAACAUCCAAAAUCUUUUCCCAUUUAGAUUAAUGGUAAUUGCUUCUUCACUUCAUGACAUUUCGGCUUACAAAUGGUUUCAUAGGAACACUCUAGCUUUAGAUACCGGGGGAAACCUGUAUUCACACCUAUAUAUGCAUAACAUUGCUAACCCUUGGAUUAUCUGGUUUAAGUUCACUAUUAUUAGUAGUUACCAAUAAAAUUUUGUUUGUUAACAGCAAAACUAGACUCCAAGUGUAUUUAAUUGUUGCUGGUAGUUUUAUAGGUUUGCGUCUGUGUGACACCUGAAGUAACAAAUUGUACAUAAUAUGUGAUUAAGCUAUUAAGAUUUAUAAUUCUUACUUUGACCAGAGGGUUAGUAAAGAAAACAAAAAAAAAGAAAAAGGGCCCAGUCUCUCCAUUCACGUCUUCUCAUCUCUCCCCAGCAAAAGGCCAUGAAAAUCUCUCUUCCAGACUCACAAGAAAGAACAUUUCUCUCAUUGGAUAGUCCCACACUCCAAAACCCUGUUAUCUCUAGUCGUAACCUAAACAUUGCUGCUGCAGGGAAGCCAUUACCUCAGCAGUGAAACCUUACAGUGUGUUACACUUGUAACACACUACCAGGUUCAAACUGGGGAGAUAGUUUCAAUGAGCUGCAUGCUGGAUAUUUGUCCAUCACCGUUGCUGAAUGCAAUUUCGAGAGCGACUAUUGGUGCUGAAAUCUGCAAUUAUUGCUGCUGCUCACCACACCCAGUUCUGCACCCUGGUCACUGGGCAUGGGAGGUGUUUCUUCUGCUGCACAUUCACCUUUAAUGGGGCUGGAGUUUAAUAUUCUGCAUCUGUUACAAAUAAACCAGUUCUAUUAUAAACUCUGUCUUUGGUGCUUAGUGAAUUUAUAACACAACUGGUGUACUCAGGCCUGCUGAACCCGGCCAGUGAAUCUGUUCCACAUCAGUCCAUUUAAAUCCUCCCCUGUUGUUUCCCUUGAAUUCUCUGCAGACUGAAAAAGUCGAGAUGACUGCAGUUCUAAUCUCUGGGCUGAUGAAGAAUGACAUUGUUCGUUAACCUCCUUAAACACAACUUAUUUCCACAUUAUGACUCAUUUUCCCUGCUUCUAAAGGGUUGUUGGAAACACCACUGUCCUCUAAAGACUUAAAUUGGAAUGGGAAACCAUAAGUAGGAUGUUCAAAGGAGCAGGGUCAGAAAUCAGAGGCGGGUCUGCACAGGGCAGAGUUUGGGACUCUGGACGAUGGUUCUGGUAAGAACGUAUGAUGAGGAGAAAGGAAUCAACAGUGGGGCAUGGCAACGAAUGACAGAGUAGCAACACUUGGACGUUAAUUGGCAGACAAAAUAAUUUUGUUAUCUGACUGAUGAACAAUGCCUGUGGUGAGAGGCCCCAUUGGUCGAGGCACAUGUGUGUGUUGAGAAUGGUUAUACCUAUUGAGGGAGUUAUUCUUGCUUGUUUAUCCUGUAAAUUAUAUCUGAAUGGUUAUUUGAGAUGAUCCUAUCUCUAAUAAUGUAUUAAUUAUCAAAUAAAUUGUGAGAUUAUGUCCUUAACUGAAUCAGGCUUGAAUUUAUAGUGCCUUAAUGAAGUUACCGUGGUCAUUCAUCCAUUUGUAUUUUAAAGCAAGAUUUUGGUGAAUGACAUUUUCCACUUGAUUGUACCUGCGUAAGUAAUCAGACUGAGUUAAACUGCUGCAGGAUCCUGGAAUGUGUUGGAUUGUGUCUGGUGUCUCUUGGCAUUUUCUGCAUUUAGUGUCUUGCUUGCUUGAAUUCCAUGUAUUUCAGAUUUUUUUCUUUUUCUUAAACACCUUGUCCUGUAUUUCUGCAAGGAACCCCGCUGAUUCUGGGAAGGGAUCUCCAACUCUCAGUCAGGUGCUCGUUGCUUCCUUCACACCAUCUAGUCUGCUCAGAUCGUUGGGAUGUCUCCCAUGGAGGGUCAUACUCAUUCCACUGGUUAAUGUUUUCUUCCAGAGUGAUGACUUAUUGUUCUGAGUUGGCCUCUCAUUUAAGUUUUCUGGUCUGUAUUUCUUAUCACGAUUGCAUAUACACACAUGGAGUGCUGAAUCCUGUUUAUUUUUGAUGAAAAUAUAUAUUUAGGUUUUAUCUGACUGUUGUGUGAUUUUUUUUUCAUGUGUGUUAUUCCUGUUCCUCCUUGUGUCCAAGGUAGUCGUUAAUCUAAGUGGGACUUCGUGUAAAUAGACUUUUCUAAAGUCUCUUCAGUUCUUAUUUGUCUUUGUAAAUUUUACUGAUUGAAAUGGGACCAAGAUAUUUUCAUUAAAAAAGUCAAUCUCG